GGAGGGGCGGGAGGCGGCAGUGGGAGGUGCAGGCGAGGCAGCCCAGCUCUCCCGAGCCCCGCGCACCAAAGAAGGGGAUCGCGGCUUCUUGCGCCUGCUGAGUGCCCGGGGAGCGGAUACCCGUGGUCCACACCCUGCCAUGGGGCGCUCCCGGAGCCCACACCCGCCGCUGGUCCUGCUACUGGUGCUGUUACUGUGGCUGCCCUUUGGAACAGGAGACUCCCUUCCUACAGAGAACAAGUUUGUGAACAGCUGUAUCCAGGCCAGGAGGAAAUGCCAGGCUAAUCCUGCUUGCAAGGCUGCCUACCACCACCUGGGGUCCUGCACCUCUAGUUUAAGCACCCCAUUGCCAUUAGAGGAGUCUGCCAUGUCUCCAGACUGCCUAGAGGCAGCGCAGCAGCUCAGGAAUAGCUCGCUGAUAGGCUGCACAUGCCAUCGGCGCAUGAAGCACCAAGCUGCCUGUCUGAACAUUUACUGGACCGUUCACCCUGCCCGAAGCUUUGGUGACUACGAGUCUGAUGUCUCUCCCUAUGAAGACACAGUGACCACCAAACCCUGGAAGAUGAAUCUCAGCAAGCUGAGCAUGCUUAAACCAGACUCGGACCUGUGCCUCAAAUUUGCUAUGCUGUGUACUCUUAACGACAAGUGUGACCGCCUGCGCAAGGCCUACGGGGAGGCGUGCUCGGGCAUCCGCUGCCAGCGCCACCUCUGCCUAGCCCAGCUGCGCGCCUUCUUUGAGAAGGCUGCAGAGUCCCAUGCUCAGGGGCUGCUGCUGUGUCCCUGUGCGCCGGAAGAUGCGGGCUGUGGGGAGCGCCGGCGCAACACCAUCGCCCCCAGUUGCGCCCUCCCUUCUGUGGUCCCCAAUUGCCUGGAUCUGCGGAGCUUCUGCCGGUCGGACCCUCUAUGCAGAUCACGCCUGAUGGAUUUCCAGACCCACUGUCACCCUAUGGACAUCCUCGGGACCUGUGCCACUGAACAGUCCAGAUGUCUGCGGGCAUACCUGGGGCUGGUUGGGACUGCCAUGACUCCAAACUUCAUUAGCAAGUUCAACACUAGUGUUGCCUUAAGCUGCACGUGCCGAGGCAGUGGCAACCUGCAGGACGAGUGUGAACAGCUGGAAAGGUCCUUCUCCCAAAACUCCUGCCUCACGAAGGCCAUUACAGCUAAGAUGCAUUUCCACAGACAACUCUUUUCCCAGGACCGGGCGGCCUCUACCUUUUCUGUGAUGGAGCAGCAGAACACCGAUUCUGCUCUGGGGCCACCGCCCAGGCUGCCUGUUCUUGUGUUCUUCACACUUUCCUUGAUUCUGCUUCAGACCCUCUGGUAG